CUCUCCCUCUUUUAAAAACACACUCACACUGAGUCUGUGUGCCCUACUGAGUGAGCAGGAAACUUAAGGCUGUCAAAAGAUCUCAGAGAGCCCGUCACUUCACUUAUGAGCGGCGUUUGCACUACAAAUACAGUUUCUGCUGUGGAGGAGGCGCGUUUUUCUGCACACCCCGUUUUAAAACAAGAAAAAUGUCAGUGAACCCGAAAUUUGUGAGUCCUUUCCACAGACCGCACUGUUUAUCAGCCGCUGCGCCCGCCGGACAAGCCAAACUCACACACCCUGGAAAGGCUAUUUUAGCUGGAGGGAUUGCUGGAGGAAUUGAAAUCUGCAUCACAUUUCCUACAGAGUAUGUGAAAACUCAACUACAGUUAGAUGAGAGGGCAAACCCGCCUCGGUACAAAGGCAUCGUUGACUGUGUGCAGCAGACCGUGCGUGGUCAUGGGGUGAAGGGGCUGUACAGGGGUCUGAGCUCUCUGCUCUAUGGCUCCAUUCCCAAAGCUGCGGUGAGGUUUGGGAUGUUUGAAUUCCUCAGUAAUAAGAUGAGGGAUGAAUCUGGGAAGUUGAACAGCACACGGGGGUUAUUCUGCGGUCUGGGCGCAGGAGUCGCAGAGGCUGUAGUCGUGGUGUGUCCGAUGGAGACUAUAAAGGUCAAAUUCAUCCAUGAUCAGUCCUCAGCGAACCCAAAGUACAGAGGUUUUUUCCACGGUGUGAGAGAAAUAGUCAGAACACAAGGACUCAAAGGUACAUAUCAGGGAUUGACCGCAACAGUGCUGAAGCAGGGCUCAAACCAGGCCAUCCGAUUCUACGUUAUGACCGCUCUGAGAAACUGGUACAAAGGCGAUAACCCCAAUAAGACUAUUAACCCCUUCAUAACUGGAAUGUUUGGAGCCAUUGCUGGAGCCGCAAGCGUGUUUGGAAAUACACCAUUGGAUGUGAUCAAAACUAGAAUGCAGGGAUUAGAAGCUAAUAAAUAUAAGAGCACAGUUGACUGCGCCAUCAAAAUCAUGAAACACGAAGGACCAGCUGCAUUUUACAAAGGCACCAUCCCCAGAUUAGGUCGGGUGUGUAUGGACGUGGCUAUAGUGUUCAUAAUCUAUGAGGAAGUGGUUAAAGUUCUCAAUAAGGUGUGGAAGACAGAUUAAUGGAGCGCUGGCCUUCAUGACAUCAUAGCGGUGCGACAGCGGGGGACGUUUACACAGGGGCCAAAAUAUCUGCCAACAGCACAUGACAAAGAAAGUCACUGGAAUGUACUUAAUUACCAUGAUUUAAUCAACACAGAGAUAGAUUUCGCCAGCUAAUGUGAGAAAGAAAUCAAAUACUUGAAAAUUAGACUAAAGAUAUAUAGUAUUUACCUAAUAGAACAAUUUUUAAAAAUGUUUUUAUGGAAAACGACAUCUUUAGGGAGAUACAGGAUUCACUCAAAUUUUAUUUUUUAAAUAUUAUAUAUAAUAUAUAUAUAUAUAUAUAUAUAUACUUUCUAAUUUUGUUUUCCUUACACAUGAUAACAUACUAAGUGCUGAGGGCCUUAUCUGAACACCCUAAAACUUAAGAAACAGAAUAUGCAUCUUAGAAAACUAAAAUAUAUAUAUAUAUAUCUCACUUAGUUUUUUUUUGCCUUGUUUUCCAGUACAAAUAUCUAAAAUCUAAUAUCUUAAUUUAAUAUCUUAAUUUAAUUAAUAUCUUAUACUAAUAUCUUAAUUUAAAUAUUCUUAAAUACACAUUUACUUGAGAAGCAAAAUGCCCUUGUUUCAUGAAAAAUUAAGUGGGUUUAUGUUUAAAAAAAGAAAAAAAUCUGCCAAUGGGGUCAUAACAAUAAACCUAAUUCAAGUGGGAAACAAGUUUAUUGUUCUGACCAUAUUGGCAGAUAUUUUCUUGUUUUCAGCAAAAAACUCUCUUAAUUGUGAUACAUUUUUAAUAAAACAAGACUUAAUAUCUUAAGUCAUUUUGCUUCUCAAGUAAAUUCAAGUAUCUUAAUUUAAGAAUGUUAAGAUAUUUGUACUGGAAAACAAGACAAAAACACUAAGUAAGAAUUUUUUUGCAGUGUAGUCACUUUCUAAGAUGCAAAAAUUAACCAAAGCUUUUAAUAAUACAAAUGUUUAUACCAUAUAGUGGUACAUAUGAAACAUGCACUUUCAUAGUUGGUAGUGAUCCAGGUUUAGUGAUUAUUUUAAGUGCCUAUAUUAAUAUACAUCUUAUGAUCUAUUUUUGUUUUGUAAUUCUACUUGUUUACAUUAAGUCAUUUCCAUAAUUUGUGUAUAAUUACACCCUGCUGUAACAGUAUACCUUACUAACAGUGACAUAUAAUCAUGUCAGACCUGUUAUUAUAACUGUACGCCUCAAUCUCUGAAAUCCACACCACACAACAUGCUUUGCAUAAACACAAAUGAUUUAAAAAACUGAACGGUGUUGUUUCACCCAAGCAAGCAUCACCAAAGAGCCAAGUUACUCUAAUACAAAUACAAUGUUUACUUAUUUAACAUUAGUUGAAUGUUGUAAAUGAUAUUAUUAUAUAAAAAGGUCAACAGAUCUGGCCAGAGCCUUUUAACUACUGAUCACAGAUCAGUACAUGCCUUAAAUAACAUUCUGUGUGCUUAUAUUUUCUUUGCUGUCCUACCUCAAGACAUUCUAACAAAUAUGUAAAGACUGACAACAGAGGUGAAAUAUUCAGCAUAUUUAAUAUCUUUGAGAUCAAGGUGGCACAGUUUCUAGAGUUAAAAGGCUUGUUCACACCAAGAACUAUAACUAUAAUGAUAACUAUAUUUGUGUCCACACCAACGAACGAUAACGGUCUGUUUAUUCUAAUCUCACACGCUGCGGUUUCAAAGUGUGUACAUGUUUUUGCUGUUCUUGUUGCAUUUACACAGCUUUAACCAGCAGAUGUCCUCAGCAUGCUAUGUUUCGAGUGAAUAGCUAGUGUAAUCGAUCUAAUCUAACAGUGAAUUUAGCUGAUGAAAUCAAUAUAGUGGAAUAAAAAUAACACUUAUUAGCCUUUCACUGCAACUUCAAAGGAAGCAAUGUUUUGGAAACUAGUGCUGGAUACCUGAGGUCAUUUUUAUGUAACACCGUUUGCUAGCUUGGCAUAAUGAACUCAUCUCCAUUAAUUGUAGUUCUCCAUAUAUAUCAAUUUUUUUAUUGUAUUAAAAAGGGGGUUUGACUUGUCAAACAGGUGGAUUUUUCUGGAUCUCGGCGAUUAACUUCUCUGCAAUGUCAUCCGCCAUUGCGUGAGCCGUUAAAUUAGUGGAUUCUGAUUGGCUGUCAGUGUUGUGUGGACUCUAUGCUAUUCUUUUAUGUUUAGAACGAUUUUUAAAACUAUAUCUUUAUUAUCUUUAUAGUUAUCAUUCUUGGUGUGAACUGGCCUUUACUGCGGACUGACAUGUAACAGACAUUGUAAAAAAUGAAUGUUAAUUUUUCAAAUGUAUUUUAAUCCUCUGGCGGCUUGUAUUUUACACCAGACCAGAGAACUAGAGUGUCUUAACUAGUAGUAUGCAACACUUUUAGAGGUUCGAAGUACCUCAGUCAUAGUAAAUAAUGUGUAUUUUGCCUUCACUGCACAUCAUGUGUGAUUAUGGGAGAGUAACUGUCUUGAAUUUACAGACAGGUCUGACUGUCAAAACUAUCAUUUGUGCCUGUGGUUCUUGACUAAGUUGAAAGACAUGUUUUAGAUAUACUGUAAUGCCAUAUAUCUAAGAUACCAUGUUGCAGCCAAAUCUUGAUAUAGUGUUUAUUUGACUUUGUAAACAGUAUGGCAUAGAUGACCCAUGUUCUGCCAGGAAAUGGCUCAGAGAUUAAACAGGAUUUUAUUUUGUGUUUCUGUAUCAGUAAUCAGAAUUCAUUCCAAAUGUGUGACCUAAAAUAUGCAUUAAUUGUCAUGCUAACGAAAAACACAUUGUGCCUUCAGCUCAUGUUCUGAUCCAGAAUAAAUAAUGCUGACUGGACAAAUGAG